CAUUAACUAAACUUCUAAAGAAUUGCCCCUAAAAUUAAAUAUGCGCAUUGGCUUACCCCCUCAGUCAAAAUGUGGACAACGAAAACAAAAAGAUAAAACCAAAACAAACAACGAAAAAACACAUUCCAACUGAAUUUAAAAGUGGUCCCAAAUUCCAGCAAGUUUCUGCAUAUAUAAGUUUUCAUCCCACAUAACCAUUUUGGUUAUAAAUCAAUGGAUGGAAACAUGCUCAUCUCUCACGUUGCGGAUGAUAGCAUUUCAUUGGACUCGCUCUCUUUUAGUGGCCUUGUUGCUAUUCAAGACCAGCAACCAAAGCUUCCUCCUCCCAACCAGACUAAAGGCUACCAGGUAAGCAAGCAUGACCCAGAAUUCGAAUUUACCAGCACUAAAACAAACUUAAAUUUUGCUGUCAAUCCAAUCAAGACCACUCCUGCAGACCGGCUUAUUUCCAAUGGUCAACUUCAACCACAAGCACUUGCCUUCCAAACGAAACAGUCUCUGAUCACAAAUCCGCCCGGUUACCCAAACUCAUUAAUAACAACUCAUAGCAGUAGUAAGAUGUCAAGCAGGAAAACAGGCAGCGCUAUGAAAUAUCAUGAAAAACUUAACAAAGCAAGCAAACAUACAAACAAGGAAAGCACAGUGACAAGGACAGGGUUUGGCCAGAAAAUGAAGUCUUUUCUAUCACCAUGCCGAGAGUGUCGAACCAUUAAGCCGGGUGCUGUUAAAGCACAAACUGUUCCAGGAGAAAAUCUCAAAAUUUACUGACACAAGGUUUAUUUUCUCUGUGAUUUUUUUGUGCGAAACCAGAAAAUGUAAUCAGGAAUCAACCUUUUUCUAGUUAAGUAGUGUCUGAAAAGAAUACAAGUGACAUGCUUCAUUUCA